GGCAGUCUACUUAGAAAGUAGGCUAUGGAUUAGUACUAGUAAAGCAUUGCUGCUGUUCUCUUCCUCUCUAGGGAAACGAGAACAAAAGGAUGGAUGGAAUGGAACGGGGGAGUUACUCCAUUAUUGGUUUCUUCUCCACCCUGUCGUGACUCGUGAGAAAGGAACUCUGCAAAGAUUUGCUCCUUUUCCUUUGGUCCUGUUUUUGUUGGUUCUUCCUUUGGCUUCAGAAAAUGUAUGCAUGUCUGAACAUGGAGCUGGCGGGUUGUGUGAGAUAGGGAGUGAUCAGAAGAGGCGAUGGUUUUCUUGCUGCUACACAACGAAGAUGAUGGAGGUGACAGGAGGAGCCUUAAAGAAAGAGCAAGAAGAGAGCGUGGUCGACAUAGACAGUGGUGAGGAGGAAGCCGAGAACGUGGUGAAGAGGAGGAGGAGGAGGAAGAAGGCAUGCGAUCCGCACAGGAAGAGGGCAUGCGUGGAUUGCACGAAGAUGUGUUCCCAGAUUCAUGGCCGAGCUACUUGGUCCUCCUCAGGGAGGUCUUCCAGCAAGGCGCGACCGAUUCCAGCAGUGCCGUCCUUCUUCAAAGUCAUGAUGGGCUACUUCUCUGAGAACAUGGAUAUACCACCCCCAUUUGCCAAGACAAUCUUGGAUCUAUCAGGCUCCAAUAUUUAUCUUGAAGAUGCAUUUGGGCUCCGUUGGCGCGUGCGGUUGUGCUUGCGCGACGGUGUUUUGUCAUUUGGGCAUGGAUGGAAGAACUUUGUGCUGGAUCAUGCCGUCAGCUGUGGCGAGUUCCUGGUGUUCAGGCAGAUCGCCAGGUCGGUCUUCACUGUGCAAAUGUUUGCCCCAUCAGCUGUUGAAAGGCUGUAUCCCUGUGAGAGGAACAAAAGGCAGAGCCGGAAGAGGAAGCCCAGAGAGGAAACAAGCUCUCUCAGUAUCCAAACGGUGAAGAAAAACAAGAACAAUGUGGAAAGCUGUAAAAAGAAACAACGUAUUGAUCUCCGAAAUGAUCUGGGCCCGAGCGACUGUAAAAUGUCAGUUCUUGUUUGCGUUGACGACUCUGAUGUUCCCAAUUCUGCAUCUGAACUAAAAUGUUCUGAAACAUCAGUGAAAGCACCGGAGGUAGGAGCUGCAGAAUCACAAGAAGUUUCUGAGGUCUCUUUAAGACAUCAAGGCAUAGUUCAGAAGGUGUUUGAUGGAGAGACUGAAACAGCAGACGACUGUACAAUCUUUAAAGAAAAAGAAAAAGAAUGCAAUGCUACUGUCAGGGUGCACCCAACUUCUGUUGCAACUGGACAACAACCACCGGAAAGCAUUGUUGUAGCUGGCUUAUCUGUUACUCCUAACACAAACAAUACGACGAAUAUGAUGAUGGAUGGUAAUGAGUCGACGCACGCGGACCAAAAUAGGCCAUUUCAACUUCACCGUGCAUUGGCUCUAGAAAUUGAGAAUGGUGAGGGCUCUAAUUUGCCAACAAAUGUUGAUGCUAGUGAACCUUUGGCUAUGAUGGAUCUUAAUGAAGUGAGUAUGCAUGAUAUAUUUUUGUCAGCUGAUAUAUACGAAUUUGAGAGUGAUCUAUGUAAUCCAGAAGCAUUUUCAGUUGAUCUGAAUAUGGAAGGGCCAAAUACUAAUGGCCAAACUUCAGGUUUCAGUUGCCCUGAGAAUAACUCAAACAAUCGCCAUUCCUCCAUCGGAGUUGGUCAGCAUUUGAUGAUGUUAGAAACAUUGUCAUGCACCGAAAAUAAAGAGAUGACUGAUACACCGGGAACAUGUACAGGUGCUGUCAAUGUUCCAGCGCACGGCAUAGACAUCAACGCGUUGCCCUCCAAUGAGCCAUCAUCAUUUGGAGAGAAUUGUUCUCCUCCCACUGAUGCUGAAGUGCCUUCUAGUGAAUGUGCACUAACCAGAUGUAAUAAGGAGAAAUGCAAUAUUUUGUUCAACCAAGCAGCACAAAAAAAAGCUUCAGGAUUUGUUCCAGAUAAACCGCAAGAUGAUCAGGUUAACAUGCAAGAUAGUACAGGACAGAAUGCUGCUGAAAUCAUGUCAAGUAGAUCAAAGCCUCUGCAAACUGUAAAUAACUCUGGAGGCCUCCAAAGUAGAAGCUUUGAAUCAGGUGGUGUUCUUGCACUUGAAGCAAACAGCGGGAAGUUUUGCAUUGCUGUACCCACACCAGAUCAAACUUGGCUUGAGCUCCCCGGUCGGCUACCGGCUCUUCCAAGAACGAAGAAACAGGGAAGGAAGGUUGUAGUGCUCAAGGACCCAUGCAUGAGACUCUGGCCUGUGCUGUACCAGUGCACCCCAAGGUUCAACGGCUUCAUCAGUGGGUGGGUUGACAUCAGCAGGGAGAACAACCUGCAGGAAGGCGACACCUGCGAGUUUGAACUCAGCGGUCACUCUGAACUGUCGUUCCAAUUGCGCAUGCCCAAUGCGCAGUAGCCAUUGUUACCCAGCAAGUUGAUCAUAUCUGCCAUAUUUCAUAAGCAGCAUUCCUAUAGUUGUUCUUGUGAUCUGUGGCCGAUCUGUUCCUUAAUCAUGUAAGGAGCAACUAUGUAAACUUCUGUCAACAUGAAAAUAUUGCUGCUUUCUGGCUCAUAUUUUGCAUGUUCAGAUUAUUCAUGCAUGGUAAGUGUAGAGAGGUAGAAGAAUGGUGCAAGACACCACAGCCUAAUAGACCGGGAUGCAUUUCAUAUAUAGCCGGUUAGGAGCCUAGGUUAGGAAGUUUACAGGAG